AAUUAAAAAAAAUAAAAAUUUAAAUAAAUGAUCUCUUUCUCUCUCUUCUGAGUUCGCUUCUUCAUAAUCUGGGUUGUGGGCUAUUGGGGGCAAAUGCACAGGACACAGAGCGCAACCCAACUGGCGGAUAUGGGGAAGCAAGCUGCCGCCGGCGGCGCCGGCGGCGGGAGACUGAUCUCGGAGAUCAAGACGGUCUUCUCACUGCUCCGGUCCAGGAAAACCACUGCUUUCGCCUACGCCUUCGUGCUGGCCUUCAUCGCUUUCACUGUCUUCUUAGCUUUCGCCCCUUCUCCCAACUCUUCCUCGCCGUGGUUCAUCAACAUCUUCACCACUUCCAGCACUACCAACUCCACCUCGUCAUCACCUUCCCCCGUUUUCUCCGACGAGGCCUACAGAUCUCAUUUCUCUUCCAUUUUCGCCUACUUUUUCCCCAAUUCUUCCCAGCAAGUCCGCAGCUCCGCCCCUCCUCCGUCGCCGAUCAACGCCGCCGGAUCCCGAAACGGCGCCGUUCGGCAAUCAAACCAGACGCAGAGUGGGGAUAUUCGUCCCAAAGAUGGAGUUUUUAAGGCCAACCAGAGCAAUUCAGCAGUUCAGCAAUCGGCUGCUUCGAACCAGACUAGGAGUGAAGAUUUUCACGCCAAUCAGAGCAGUUCUACAGUUCAGCAGUCGGCAGCUUUGAACCAGACUCGGAGUGAAGAUUUUCACGCCAAUCAGAGCAAUUCUACGGUUCAACAGUCAGCUGCUUUGAACCAGACUCGGAGUGAAGAUUUUCAUGCCAAUCAGAGCAAUUCUACGGUUCAACAGUCGGCUGCUUUGAACCAGACUCGGAGUGAUGAUUUUCAUCAUGAAGUUGGAGCCUUUAAGGCCAAUCAGAGCAAUUCAGUUCCAAAGCCUCCACCCGAUGGGAAAAACAUUACUGGGUCCGCAGAGAAAGGGAUUUCUCAGAAUGGGGUUGUUUCGAACCUCAGUUCCUUGUUGAAGAAAGAGAAGAAUGGCACCACCGGUGGGUUCCCAAAUCUUCAAAAGAGUAAGGAUUUGGCGGAGUCCCUGAUGAACUGUGAUCUGUUCGAUGGGGAAUGGGUUAGAGAUGAUUCGUAUCCGCUGUACAAACCAGGGUCGUGUUCACUGAUCGAUGAGCAGUUCAAUUGUUUUCUGAAUGGAAGGCCUGACAAUGGCUACUAUAAACUCAAAUGGAAGCCCAGGCGUUGCAGCCUUCCCAGGUUGAAUGGGAAUCACAUGUUGGAAUUGUUGAGAGGAAAGAGGCUGGUAUUUGUUGGGGAUUCUCUCAAUCGGAAUAUGUGGGAAUCUCUGGUUUGCAUUCUUCGGAACUCUGUGAAAGAUCAUAGCAAAGUGUAUGAAGCAUUCGGCCGACACCAUUUUAGAAACGAAGCAUCUUAUUCUUUUGUAUUCGAGGAUUACAAUUGUACCGUGGAGUUCUUUGUGUCGCCAUUUCUAGUUCAAGAAUUUGAAACGCCGGAUAGAAAUGGAUCGACCAAGGAAACUCUUCGGCUUGACAUAAUUGGGAGGUCUGCUAGCCAUUAUAAGAAUGCUGACUUCAUAAUCUUCAACACCGGACACUGGUGGACUCAUGAGAAGACAUCGAAAGGGGAAGACUAUUAUCAAGAAGGUAGCCACUUGUAUCAUGAAUUGAAUGUUAUUGAGGCUUUCCGGAGAGCUCUAACGACUUGGGCCAGAUGGGUCGACAAAAAUAUAAAUCCGGCCAAGACCCUAGUUUUCUUCAGAGGUUAUUCAGCCUCUCAUUUCAGUGGUGGGCAGUGGAAUUCCGGUGGGCAAUGCGACCACGAAACCGAGCCCAUUAAGAACGAAACCUACCUGAAGGAAUAUCCGCCAAAGAUGAUGGUGCUGGAGAGAGUGUUGAAAGGGAUGCGCACCCAUGUCUCUUAUUUGAACAUCACAAGGCUGACGGAUUACAGGAAGGACGGCCACCCGUCGAUGUACCGGAAGCAAAACCUGUCCCAACAGGAGAGGAGAUCGCCGUUGAUGUUCCAGGACUGCAGCCACUGGUGCCUGCCGGGCGUGCCUGACUCAUGGAAUGAAAUUCUAUAUGCAGAGCUCUUGAGAAGACAACACCAGAAAGUGCAACAACUGAAGAGACCAUAAGGUACACAAGCUCUCAUAGAAUGCCUCGAAUAAUUCAUGGAUACACCUGCAUCGUAUGGUUCCUCCUUGUUUCCUGGAGAUAUAAAACCGAACCAACCAACCAACCAUCCCGGAGAAGAUCCAGGGUAGAGUGUUCUUGUAGUAUAAAUUACGAUAAAUAGAACCCAAAAAAAAAAAAAAAGGUCGUCGUUACUCGAGGGAGAGAGAUACGCACGUUUCAAAUUGUAUAUCGUCGUUUUUACUAGAAUGAGAGAUUAUCGAAAGGGUUUUGGUUUUGGUUGUUGCCCCCAUAUAUACUCUUUGAAGCCUUAAUUUAAGGGCUUGAAGAUUGUAAAUUGUCAUUUGUUUUGUUGGCUUAGCAAUAAAAGAACAAUAGAAUGCUCAUCUAUC